UGCAGCAGGUCAGCUUCUCUUUGACUCCACCGAUAGAAAAGUGUUCUCUGAGUACAAACUGGACAGAGCUCUCAGGAACCCUGUUUCCAGCGUGAUGACAGUGGAGAUGCAGCGCGUGACGUGGGGGUUGCUGGUUCUCGUUUGGACUCUUCAGGCUGUGGAAAGCUGCCCUAAUGUCUGUAAAUGCUCCCAGAAGAUCAGUCCAGAGAAGUCCGAGGUGAACUGUCACAAAAGAGGGUUUCGUGCUUUUCCCUCCCAACUGCCUCCUGACGCCUGGAUCUUAAAGCUAGGUGAGAACGGGAUCACAGACCUGAAGGCUAACGCUCUGAGAUCGACCCCGAGGAUUGAGAGUGUCAACCUGGAGAGAAAUGCCAUCAAGUCCAUCCACCCUCAGGCCUUCUCUGGAGCCAAGCAGCUCAUGCUCCUCAAUCUCUACGGCAACCACAUCAGCAGCCUUCCACCGAGGGGGUUCCAGGAUCUCCUGAACCUCCGCUUCCUCAUGCUGGGACAGAACCAGAUCGGCGUCCUCAAAGCUGACAUGUUUGCUGGACUGAGGAACCUGUCAGAUUUAGAUCUUCCUCUAAACGCUCUGACUGUGCUCCCGAAUAACGCCUUCAGCCCUCUGAUCGCCCUCAAAGUCCUGGACCUGUCCCUGAACCGCAUCCAGAAGAUCUCGCCAAAGGCCUUCACUGGACUCAGACAGCUCAUGUUCCUCAACUUGGACAACAACAGUUUGAGGACGAUUCCUGCUGGAGCUUUCAGACAGCUGCGGUCUCUGGAGAUGUUGGUUCUGGACAACAAUCUUCUGUCCACACUGAGCCCGUCCGCCUUAGAUGGCCUGGACAACCUGCAGGAGCUCUACCUGAGGAACAACGAGCUGGAGCAGCUGCCACCCGAUGUGUUCAGGAGCAUGGCCAAGCUUUCUCAGCUGGCUCUCAGUGGAAACCGCCUGAAGACAGUGGGUGGAAACAUGUUCGCCCAUAUGCCUGAUCUGAAGAAGCUCCACCUCCAUGACAACCCGUGGCACUGUGACUGUCACCUCAUCUCCCUGGUACAGUGGAUGGGCCAGACCAACACCACCAUCUCUCCCCGGGACGCCCUGAGGUGUGCUAGUCCUGAGGUGCUCCGUAAAAAGAGCCUCUCCUCGCUGCCUGCUGACAGCCUGCUCUGCAGUUCCGAGCCCUGAAGACCAGGACGGAGUCAGCAUGGGGUCAGGGUCCCUGCAGAUUCAGAUGAUGUGCCUCUUCUAAAAACUGGUUUCUCCUCACCCCUGUAUACAAAUGUGUAUUUUUAGAGUGAACUUGUGUCUCAUAUGAUCUCUCAAAGCUGCAAUGCAAUCAAUAAAGCUUCCUGUAGGAUGAUGCAUCUCCUCGGCUUAAAACACAACAUAUCGAUGUUUCAUGUAAAAAGCUUGCAUAAAACAUCACCUUUGGCCAAUGAGGUUUUUUAAAGAUGAAAACAAAAGCUGUAUAUGAGGUUUGACCCGUACUGGAGGGCAGAACUUUCAAACUGCAGCUCCAGUUUAAUAAUCAGCACAGAUGGAGGACGCGAGGAUGCAGACACCCAGUAUCACUGCAGCAUUCUGCACCAGCAAAGAACAAGCACUGCCACUUAUCUCCAAAUUCAGCCCUGAGAUUAUUAUUAUAAUCUCAUAUUGCUUGUCAUACAGAGGCUUCGCAGGUUUGGAAAGAGACAGAUUACAUGAAAUGGGAUUAUAUUAAUCCCAUUUCAGCAAAUGGUCUCUGUAAUCUUUAGUUAAUGCAGAAAAUGGAGAGUGAGAGGAGAGACACAGGAAGGUUGUUCACAGUUAAAGUGAAGCAAUAGCUGCUCAUGAUGCAAGCCAUUAAUAUAAGACAGUAUGGUGCAGAAACGAACACGGCAGGCUUGUAGCACCCUAUAAUGUAAUAAUUUCCUGAUAAUGUAAUAAA